AUGCUGUGUCAGACUCUUCACCAGUUUGGCCAGAAGCUGGUCCGCAGGCGGCCCCUGGAGCCGAGAGAGGGCCCCGAGAGUCGCUUGGCCCGCUGCCUGAGCACCCUGGACCUGGUGGCCCUGGGUGUGGGCAGCACCCUGGGGGCAGGGGUGUACAUCCUGGCCGGCGAGGUGGCCAGGGAGAAGGCGGGCCCCGCCAUCGUCCUCUGCUUCUUGCUGGCCGCCCUGUCUUCGGCGCUGUCCGGGCUCUGCUACGCGGAGUUCGGGGCCCGGGUGCCGUGCUCCGGCUCUGCGUACCUGUACAGCUACGUGACGGUGGGGCAGCUGUGCGCCUUCAUCACCGGCUGGAACCUCAUUCUCUCCUAUGUCAUCGGUGCGGCCAGUGUGGCCAGGGCCUGGAGCGCCACCUUUGACCACCUGAUCGGAAACCACAUCUCCAGGGCCCUGGAGGGAAGCCUCUCUCUGCACUUACCCCACCCCCUGGCCAAGUACCCAGACUUUUUUGCCCUGGGCCUGGUGCUGCUGCUCACUGGAAUACUGGUCCUGGGGGGCAGAGAAUCCGCUCUGGUCACCAAAAUCUUCACGGGGCUGAACCUCGUGGUUCUGGGCUUCGUCGUCACCUCCGGCUGCAUGAAGGGGCAGCUGCACCACUGGCGGCUCACAGAGCAGGACUACAGCGCAGCCCGCGAGCGCAACGGCACCUCCAGCCUGGGCCCGCUGGGCUCCGGGGGGUUUAUUCCUUUUGGCUUUGACGGGGUUCUCCGAGGAGCGGCCACCUGUUUCUACGCCUUUGUCGGGUUCGACUGCAUCGCCACGACAGGAGAAGAGGCUCGAAACCCUCAGCGGUCCAUCCCCCUGAGCAUCGGCGUCUCUCUCUUCAUCUGCUUUUUGGCGUAUUUUGGGGUCUCGGCGGCACUCACUCUGAUGGUGCCCUACUACGAGAUUCAGCCUGCCAGCCCGCUGCCCCAGGCCUUCCUCAGGAUCGGGUGGGGCCCUGCCAGGUUCGCGGUGGCUGCCGGCACGCUCUGUGCGCUCUCGUCCAGCCUCCUGGGCUCCAUGUUCCCUAUGCCUCGGGUGAUCUACGCGAUGGCGGAAGAUGGGCUGGUCUUCCGGGGCCUUGCCCGCGUCCACGAGCGCACGCGCACGCCGGUUGCGGCCACCAUCGCCUCGGGAGUUCUCGCGGCGCUCAUGGCGUUCUUCUUCGAGCUCACCGACCUUGUGGAUCUCAUGUCAAUCGGGACCCUGCUGGCUUACUCCCUGGUGGCCUUUUCUGUUCUCGUGCUCAGAUACCAACCAGGCCAAAAGGAGAAUGAGAAAGUGGAGGUGGAAAUGACCCACAGGAAACCUGAAGGUGAGGGACAGGCUUUGGAAUCGGCGCCUGAGGCUGGACCCUCCCAGGCCCUGCAGAGUCUCUGUAAGCCUGUGAGCGCCGCGCCCACGCCCAGGUCUGGCCAGAUCGUCUAUGGAUGCGCCUUACUGCUUGCGCUCCUGCUGGUAACCUUGUGCCUGAUACUGUCCCAGCUGUCCAGUUACCUGUCCUCUGGAGAGCCAGCGACGAUAGCAGUGACCGGGCUGCUGCUGGUGCUCAUUUUCGGGAUCACCGUCAUCAUUUGGAGACAGCCCCAGGACCCCACUCCUCUUUAUUUCAAGGUGCCUGCUUUGCCUGUCAUCCCACUGAUGAGCAUCUUCGUGAAUGCUUACCUGGUGAUGCAGAUGACGGCUGGGACCUGGGCCCAAUAUGGCGUCUGGAUGGUGAUUGGGUUUGCCAUAUACUUUGGAUAUGGGAUCCGCCACAGCUUAGAGAACAAGAAUGCUCCACAACGACCCGAGUCCGACUCACAAACUCUUGACAGAGACACCCUCAAGCCAGAAUAG